CAGCCAGAUGGUUUAGGAGUGCAUUGUUGGCAGGGGAGGCCACCAGCUUUUUGUUUAUUCACGGAUGUCACACUGCGCCAUGACCCAUCCUUGCACAUGCAUGCCACCGCAGGGUCCCGGUUGCGCUUCUCACUCCGUUUUUUUUUGUCUUCUCUUUUCUCACCGCAGAACAUAUCUUCCGUGCCAUCAUGCGCCGCACGUUCCGCCAGGGCUAUCUCGCGCCCAACACGCCACAGGAGGACCCGUCAAACCUCUCCAAGAAUGGGCGAAUCAGGUUCGUCCCAUGUUCUCCAGUUGCAUUUGGUACACCCUUUUUGGAGGAAUAGCUUGGUUUGGCUUGAAACGGGUGAUGAACUUGGGUGUUUCCCCCUCGGAUCACGAUGACCGGGCGGGCCCGGGCCCUCGAGCAAGAGAGACUUGAUUGAAGUGUUGCAGCGGACACAAAGGGGUUGGUCUCUUGGCCGGGCAUAGCAAGCUCUCUGGCCCGCAGGCUUUGUUUGUGAGACUCCCAUCUCUUAGGAUUGACAAUCCAACAAUCUGCUGCGUUGACG